AUGAAUUUGGCAUUAGCAAAGACAUCCAAAUUCACUGUCCAAAUAGGUGUAAUUGUUGCCCCCAGAACGAGAUGUCUAUCAUCUUUGACUCCCGUCGUCAAGGAUACGUAUUAUGUGCCUCGCGCGGAUCGCGGAGGACCCAAUGAUUCCUUUGUGUUCAACAAGCUGGGCGAUGGACGACUAGCAAGACAAUCCAGACACAGUCCCACUCGUGAACUCAACUUUACACCAACUCACUGGGAGAGGCAAAAGAGUGUCUGGCUGCGAUUCCGAGCGGUUCGUACCAUAUUUCACUCCAGUCCGUUCCAAAGACUCAUGUUCCCCGAUCUCUUUACAGUUGGCGCUACUGCAAGCGCCGUUGCUGUAUACAAUACCCAGGUAGCUGAGAAUUACAUGGAGCAACUAACGCUUCAUGGUUCUGCCUUGUCUGGUGCCACCACUGCCUUGGGUAUGUUGGUUGCCUUUCGACUCAAUGCCUCCUACGGUCGAUACGACGAAGGUCGCAAAUUUUGGGGAGAAAUCAACAAUGCUGCCCGCGAUCUUGCAGGAAAUGCAUGCAUGUGGAUUGACGAUCCAUACCAAAAAGACCGCAUGCUCAAACUCAUCAAGGCCUUUCCCGUCAUCACCCACUUUCACCUGAAUGCCAAGGGUGGCCACUUUAUGUACGCGGACGAUGACCCAGAUUUGGGAAACAAGCUUUACGCCGAACUACAUGCCGAGCUUUUGGACAUUUACAAGGAUGAGGAACAUGAAGACUUUAAGUACAUCUGUUCCGGCUAUUUGGAUAAAAUUCACCUUCCCUUGCACGUGUCCGCCGGUAUGAGGCGAAUCAUUGCCGACAAUGGGGCAUACGUAAACGCUUUCUACAACAAGACCAUGGACGAACAAGUUCGAAGAAUAGUCAUGUGCUUGGGUCAAGCGGAACGGGUCUUGAGGACACCCCUUCCCACCGACUUUACCAGACAUACUUCGCGCUUGUUGGCUCUUUGGUGCUUCUUGCUCCCAUUUGCCAUUUACGAUGGCUGUGGUCCACUUGGAGUGGUUCCGGCCUCAAUGAUGAUCUCUUAUGCCAUUCUCGGAAUCGAAGAUGUUGGUUUGCAAAUCGAAGAGCCCUUUAACAUCCUUCCCAUCCGUCAGUACAGUGAUGGUAUCAACGCCGGAGUGGAUGCCAUUGCCAAUGGAUACGACCUGUUGGACAACAACCCAUUGAAGCGAAUCGCCGCCGCGGAAGAAACGACGACCCCCGAAGAACCAGUCAUGGAAGAUUCUACCAAGUUUGGAAGUGACGAGGCCACUGAAUUUGAAGAAGACUCCGAACCACGAGCCGCUACCAACUGA